AAUCGUUUUGCAUGCAGGCACGUAUAUUUUAAUAAAGAGAAGAUUAUAAUAAUAGGUGGCAAUCUCUCUCUUUUACAUAUCCACUCCAAAAUAAGUUCAUAAUUAAUUCAUCAUUCACUACCAUGGACAAGGCAUCAUUCUCCAUUCACGAAGGAAAGCCAAUUCGAUGCAAAGCAGCAAUAUCUAGAAAACCAGGAGAAGCAUUGGUGAUAGAAGAGAUCUACGUUGAUCCACCCCAACCUUACGAAGUUAGGAUUAAGAUCCUAUGCACAUCUCUGUGUCACACCGAUUAUACUUUCUGUAAAUUAGACAGUGGACCGCUUGCAAGGUUUCCUAGGAUUCUAGGACACGAAGCAGUCGGCGUGGUGGAGAGCAUUGGUGAACAUGUGGAUGGAUUUCAACUAAACGACGUCGUUUUGCCUGUGUUUCACCCUCACUGUGAAGAAUGUAGAGAUUGCAAAUCCUCAAAGAGCAACUGGUGCGCAAGAUUUGCUGAUGACCUUUUACCAAACACCAGACGAUACGGAAUGACUUCAAGAUUCAAAGACUCUUUUGGAAAAGAAAUUUACCAUUUUUUAUUUGUAUCGAGUUUUUCUGAAUAUACCGUCGUGGAUAUCGCACAUCUAGUCAAACUAUCUUCUGAAAUCCCGGUCAAUAAGGCGGCAUUACUCAGCUGCGGUGUCUCCACAGGAGUUGGAGCAGCUUGGAAAGUGGCUGACGUUGAAGAAGGCUCCACCAUUGCAGUUUUUGGCCUUGGUACUGUUGGACUUGCGGUUGCAGAAGGAGCCAGGCUGCGUGGGGCUGGAAAGAUCAUUGGGGUUGAUCUAAAUCCUGAUAAAUUUGAGCUAGGUAAGAAAUUUGGUGUCACGGAUUUCAUUAAUCCUGCCUUGUGUGGAGAAAAGAAAAUUAGCGAGGUGAUCAAAGAAAUGACAAGAGGAGGAGUUGACUAUAGCUUCGAAUGCGUUGGUUUACCUUCUUUAUUGACCGAAGCUUUCAACAGCACCCGCACGGGUUCAGGCAAGACGGUAGUGUUGGGGAUAGAUAAGGAUUUAACGCCAACAAGUUUGGGUUGUUUGGAUCUUUUUAGAGGCAGACAUAUUUGCGGAAGCAUGUUUGGUGGUCUUAAACCCAAACUAGAUAUUCCGAUUCUCGUGGAUCAUUACUUAAAAAAGGAGCUUAAUCUGGACAGUUUUAUUACACAUGAAUUGAAAUUUGAGGAAAUCAACAAGGCUUUUGAUUUGUUAGUGCAAGGGAAGUCUCUCCGCUGCAUUUUAUGGAUGGACAAAUAAUAAAUACUAGGAUAUAUCCCGU